CGUCAGAGGGCGCGUCCCCAACUCCCAGCUCAAAAAUAUUCCCUGAAACUCACACAUUCUUGGAGUAAGGAGCCACUUUCACAAAGUGUGGACACACCAUCCAAGUUUCACCUUUGAGUGAGAUAACCAGCACGUGCGAUCCCGUUCGACCUCCGGGUCAACACCGAGCCCGGAGCUCCCGGACGCUUCCUCCUCUAGAUCUGUGCAGCACGGGGGUCGGGGAAGUCGCGGGACCGCUAAACAUCUCCGUCCGAAAGGGGAAACGAGGAGAGGGGGGAGACUUAGGGAGAGGACAUGAGCGGAAGGGAGGCAGGAAUCACAGAAAAGCGAAGCUGUGUACACGCGUAACGCUGAUUUUGUGGCGUGCCUAACCGGAUAAAUGUAAACGCUCGUUCCCUUUUCUUUUUUCACUGGACAUGUUUCCGCGGCCGGGAGAGCGAUGUUUAGAUUGUGUUGCGGGAAGCGGGUGAUCCUGGCGGUGUGGACAGACUGUUCUGUGUAUUAUCUCCUUUUCUCUGCUUUCGCUCUGGAAAUUACCGGGACUUUUUGUUUUUGACGUUCAACUCGCGAGGAAACGUUAGAUGCAAAUGCGGGAGGUGACUCUGGACUUCAACAACAACUAAACAGACUUGGAAACGCUGCUUUUCCCCCACAUUGUGUUGUAAGGGCUGUGCUGUUUGGUUCACUGAAAUGUGAGACACCAGUGAAGUCGAUACAUAACAAACCGCUGCAUCCAGCUGUUUUAUUUGCCACUAUUGUAACACCCCCCCCCCCAUUCACGCCUCUCUUUUCUGGAUUGGAUAUGCUGAGAAAACUUUUUAAGAAUGAAGAGAAGAAAAUUGCCGUAGCCCGUGUCUGUUUUCUGAUCACACCGCUGCCGCCUGCUGAGCUUGAUUUGAUGAAACUGUGUUGUUAUUUUAGUGGUUACCAGGCUUUCAUCAUUUACAUGUUGAGGAGACAGGAGAGCUGACAUGCGUCUGGAACGGGGAUACAGUGCGGUGACGUGCUGCCAUUAACAUAAAGUUGUGAAACAGCCUGAUUACCGAGCUGACAGUGAAUGAUUGAGACAUCCGGCGCUGGUUGGGAACCGACCGUAGUGCCUGCUCGUGCGCCGUGAACCCGUCGCUUUCUCCCCGCUGUUGAACCACUUCGUGGACUCGGUUACUUUUUUUUUCCUUCAAAUUAUCAUUAUUUGUUAGGAGAGAGCCACCGGCAACCGAUAUGGAGGAGUGGAGACAAUGCGGGCGGUGGUUGAUAGACUGCAAGGUCCUGCCCCCGAAUCACCGGGUCGUGUGGCCCUCGGCGGCCGUCUUCGACUUGGCACAGGCCCUGCGAGACGGGGUGCUCCUGUGCCAGAUGUUGCACAACCUCUCGCCGGGAUCGGUGGACCUGAAGGAGAUCAAUUUCAGACCCCAGAUGUCACAGUUCCUGUGUUUGAAGAACAUCCGGACAUUUCUCAAGGUGUGCCAUGACAAGUUUGGCCUGCGCAACAGCGAGCUGUUUGACCCUUUUGACCUCUUCGAUGUCAGGGACUUCGGCAAGGUAAUCUCUGCUCUGUCGAGGAUCUCCCACCACAGCAUUGCACAAAUCAAAGGCAUCAGGCCUUUUCCAUCGGAGGACACAGCUCUGAAUGAGGAUGAUGUGUACCGGAGCCUUGAAGAGCUGGCAGAUGAGCAUGACUUGGGUGAGGAUGACAUCUAUGACUGUGUGCCGUGUGAGGACGAUGGGGAUGACAUCUAUGAGGACAUCAUUAAGGUGGAAGUACGACAACCCAUGAAAAUGGGUAUGACAGAAGAUGACAAGAGAAACUGCUGCUUAGUGGAGAUCCAGGAGACUGAAGCAAAGUACUACAAGACUUUAGAGGACAUUGAAAAGAAUUAUAUGAUCCCGUUGAAACAAGUCUUGAGUCCACAGGAUAUGGAGGCUAUCUUUGUCAACCUUGAGGAUGUAAUCAAAGUUCACUUUGCCCUCCUGCGAGCCAUCGACCUGAACAUGGUCAGUGGAGGAAGUGGCCUGGGGAAGAUCUUCCUCGACUUCAAAGAAAGGUUGUUGAUCUAUGGUCAGUACUGCAGUCACAUGGAAAACGCCCAGAAGACACUGGAUGAGCUAAUAGCAACACGUGAAGAUGUCAAGAUUAAAGUAGAGGAAUGUACUAUGAAAGUGCAGGAAGGGAAGUUCAAGCUGCAGGAUCUUCUGGUGGUUCCCAUGCAGAGGGUGCUGAAGUAUCACCUACUACUGAAGGAACUUUUAAGUCACUCAACUGACAGACCAGAGAGACAACAACUCAAGGAGGCACUGGAAGCUAUGCAGGACCUGGCCAUGUACAUCAAUGAAGUCAAGAGGGACAAUGAGACACUGAAGAAAAUCAGCGAAUUCCAAAGUUCAAUAGAAAAUCUUCAGCAGGUGAAAUUGGAGGAGUAUGGGAGGCCAAAGAUAGAUGGCGAGCUGAAGGUGUGCUCCAUCGUCAACCGAACAAAACAGGACCGGUAUAUAUUCCUGUUUGAUAAAGUGGUCAUUGUCUGCAAGAGGAAAGGCUAUAGCUAUGAGCUCAAAGAGAUUAUUGAACUGCAGUCAUAUAAAAUGUCAGAUGACCCCAUGAACAACAGAGACAUGAAAAAGUCAAGUGGAAAAAUGUGGUCUUACGGAUUCUACCUGAUCCACCUGCAAGGAAAGCAGGGCUUCCAGUUCUUUUGUAAAACUGAGGAGACAAAGAGGAAGUGGAUGGAGCAAUUUGAAAUGGCCAUGUCCAACAUCAAGCCAGAGAGAGCCACAGCCAAUCAGCAUAACUUCCAGAUGCACACAUUUGAUAAGAACACCAACUGUCGAGCCUGCAAAAUGCUGUUGAGGGGCAUCUUUUAUCAAGGUUACUACUGCUCUCGCUGUGGAACAGGAGCACACAAAGAGUGUCUGGAAGUCAUCACCAUCUGUAAAAUCAAUCCCCAUGACUUGGAACCUGGAAUGUCAUCAGGUCCCAAGAUGGUGGCAGUGAGGAACUACCACGGCACACCAGCACCUCCGGGGAAGACGCCACUUUGUUUUCAAACAGGAGAUUUUAUCGAGCUGCUGAAGGGAGAUCCAGACACCACGUGGUGGGAGGGAAAGCUGAUACAAACACAAAAGAGUGGCUUCUUCCCCAGUUCAUGUGUAAAGCCCUGUCUGGAUCCAAAGCCCUUCCAGUCAUUAUCUAGCCGGCAGUCCUCAAGGGAAGCAGACUACUAUGGAUAUCCUUGGUUUGCGGGGAACAUGGAGCGCCAGCAGGCUGACAACCUCUUAAAAUCCCACAGCAGCGGGACCUACCUUAUCAGAGAGAGGACAGCUGAGGCAGAGAGGUUCGCCAUCAGCAUCAAAUUUAAUGACGAAGUAAAACACAUCAAAGUCAUUGAAAAAGACAGCUGGAUCCACAUCACAGAGGCCAAGAAGUUUGAGAGUCUUCUGGAGUUGGUGGAGUACUAUCAGUCCCAUUCACUGAAAGAAAGCUUCAAGUUGUUAGAUACCACAUUGCGAUACCCCUACAAGUCUAGAGAACGCUCGCUAACACGGGCCAGCACACGGUCACCAGCAGCCACCUGCGCUUCCUACAACUUCUCCUUCCUCAGUCCACAAGGCCUCAACUUCUCCUCUUCUCAGAGCUCAGCUCCUUUUUGGUCAGUAUUUACUCCUCGGGUGGUCAGCACAGCAGUGGCCAGGUAUAACUUUGCAGCACGAGACAUGAGGGAGCUGUCACUGCGAGAAGGAGACAUUGUCAAAAUCUACAGCAAGAUUGGUGGAGACCAGGGCUGGUGGAAAGGAGAGGCCAACGGACGAAUUGGAUGGUUUCCCUCAACCUACGUGGAUGAAGAAGGGGUGCAGUAAGGCUUGGGUGUUUGCUGGCCUGGCUCCUUUUAAAUCAGGAACCAUCUUAUAUCUACUGUUCUCAGAGAGAAUUACUCACUCUCUCACAACACACCGAAAUAAAUUAACUAUUUUGUUGUUGUUUUGCUGGAUACUCAUUUUUCAGCCAGCAUUUCUACCCCGUUUCUCUAUCUUCAGUUAUGCAUCAGCUUUGCUUUUGUUUGUUUGUUUUGUUUUUUUUUUUUUGUUUUUUUUAACCGGAUGUCCUGUUUAAUUUGUGUACAGGAAAGAGGAAAAAACUGGCUUGCUGUCUGUCAGCCUCUGUGUGCACUGCAGAGGCUUCACUGAACUGGAGACACAGCAGAAACUGACUAUGGAUAGCUUUACUUUGAAAAAGGGUCCCCUUCGUUGCAGGUCUAUGUGAGGUGAAAUAAUUGUACAGUACAGAUAAUUUAUUGAAUAGAGAUUAUUAUCAUUACUAAUGAUUAUUGUGGGGAAGUUGAUUUUGGCAACAACAAAGAAUCAGAUGAGAAAAAACUAAAAUAAGAAAAAUAAAAAAAGACAGAUGCUCUGUUUUCAUGUUGAGAGAUUUUGCCUUAGUUGUCAUGGUGAUGCCUUGUGGGCUGACACCAGUGGAGGGAAUCGACUUUGUUGACUGGUUUUACUUCUCCAUGUGUGCAUGUGCCCAUGUGCGGCCCACACAAACACACACACACACACACACACAGACCAAUGUACAGUAUGGUGCCUUUGAAGAAUGGUCGUUGCUUACUGAACCUCAACAUCAGCCAGUAAAGAACAUUGCCAUCCCCCAAAAAGACAGUUCGUCCACAUCCAGAGGACUUUACUAACAUAGAGGGGAGAGGCAUUUUAACAGCAUACUGGGGGCGGUUUGCUUUUUGAGCCCUCACAAACAAGAUGGUGAAGCAUUUAACCCAUCCUAACUGGAGACUGGAUGGACUUACAGAGACAGCUGGAUGGUUUUUAUAGCCAACAACAAUCACAUACACAGUUCACAUCAGUCUUGGCGUCAGGAGUCUAUGGGUGCAAUCAGCUGUAUGCGAAAGGGAAACAUCAAGACAUUCCACUCGACAACCACUUCACACUUGUAAACCUUAGUGUUCAUUGUUUCAUUGUUUGAUUUCUUUUUGCACAGAAUCAAGAUUAUUUUUUUUAGCUUUGAAAACUGGACCAACAGUUUUUUUUAUUAUUUGAAGCCAAAUUCAGCCAUGUUUUAAUGUCUGCAUGGAGUUUGAUCAGUUGUUAUGAUUUUUGUACCUUGCCUUAUUUUUACAGAUGAUCAGGUGAUGGGAUUUUAUGUUUGUCCUUAAUAUGAAUCAUUUUACAUGUGUGAAAUCCAUUUUGGUGCUGUGCAGACUGGUGAAAAUUCAACAGUGUCAGAAGAGUUUUAAUCUGAAGGAAAACUUGGUGUGGUAAUUAACAUAAAUCCACAGAAGGAGCCCUUAAUCAUUUUGUGAUUUUCUGGGGGUGCAGUGCUCAGUGUUUCCAUUUACUUCCAGUAAGUUCAUAGAGCCAUAAAUACUUUUACUGAUUUACUGCAGUGUGUUGGCAUACAGCUUUCAUCAGUUUUUCUACUGAGAGCAUACUGUAAAUGUACCAGCCUUUGUCACUUGUUAUAUAGAUAUUCAGAUGUGUACUGACCCUGUCAGCCCAGCCCUCUGUAAAAGUUCACAUUAAUUUUACAUUUCAUUUUAUAUACAGUAUAAUAUAUUGUCAAACUCCAUCUAUACAGGCUUAUCUUAACCUUCAUAUCUCCCACCUACACAUGUCAGUACUGAUAUAUCUCUUGCAGCUUACAGUGAAUUGUCCCAUCUUACUGCAAAUUAGAAAAUUUCCCAGCACACAAAAAGGAAGAAAAAAUAGUUUUAGUUUUAAAAUUUAUAUAGAGUAACUGAGUGUCAUCUUGCUGCUAAUGGGUCAAAAAAAAAAAAAAAACAUCCAUCCAGCCAACCCACUGAGAAGUAAAGUGCAAACACUGAGCACAUCAGCCCUGGCUGGUUCACAAAGACUUAUGGAGCAGAAGAUGCUGAUAUGUUUAGUUUCUAAACUUUUGACUGUCUAUGAUGUGUGUUAUUGCAAAGGCCGACCACCCUGAAAAACACAGUCCUACUAGAGCCGGGGUGGGGGGGGGGGUCUAGUCGCUUUCUAUGUAGUGGACAAAAACCCAUUGCAUGUGGCUAUUGAUAUGUCAACUCCUGUCAGUACAUCCUCAAAAAAAUAAGUACUUAAUUGUGUACAUUUUUUGAAAGGUUGAGUAUUUCCAAAUGAGGUCUAUCAUGAAAUAAAUAUUUCUCUUUUGUUUUAAAA